AGUGAACUGCGGCCAGUGAUCCUCACGUUGAUGGCAAGUCGGGGAGUGAGACUUCUUUAGUCCGCUCUCGAAGUGAAUCAGUGCGUAAAGAGGCAUCGGAUACAGUAGAGUUUCGGAGCGAGCGCAUUCAAGGAAUCGAGAAAUUUCGGAAGUCGGUUCUCUCUGCCCUCUUUUACAUUUUUUGUUUCUUUCUCGGACAGCGGACUUAAGUUUUCAUCAUGCCGGUGUUUCACACAAAGACGAUAGAAAGUAUCCUGGAGCCAGUGGCUCAGCAGAUAUCCCAUCUGGUGAUAAUGCACGAGGAAGGUGAGGUUGACGGAAAAGCUAUCCCAGACCUCAGCGCUCCCGUGUUAGCGGUGCAGGCAGCUGUCAGCAACCUCGUCCGGGUGGGCAGAGAGACUGUCCAGACCACAGAGGACCAGAUUAUGAAGAGAGACAUGCCGCCUGCUUUCAUCAAGGUGGAGAAUGCAUGCACCAAGCUGGUCCAGGCAGCGUCUAUGCUGAAGGCUGACCCGUACUCCGUGCCUGCCCGGGACUACCUCAUCGAUGGCUCGCGAGGCAUCCUGUCCGGCACGUCCGACCUCCUGCUGACCUUCGACGAGGCUGAGGUGCGUAAGAUCAUCAGGGUCUGUAAAGGUAUCCUGGAGUAUCUCACAGUGGCAGAGGUGGUGGAGUCCAUGGAGGAUUUGAUCACAUACACAAAGAAUUUGGGACCAGGAAUGACGAAGAUGGCGAAGAUGAUUGACGAGCGCCAGCAGGAGCUCACACAUCAGGAGCACCGCGUCAUGCUCGUCAACUCCAUGAACACGGUCAAGGAGCUUCUGCCCGUCCUCAUCUCAGGAAUCAAAAUCUUUGUGACGACCAAGACCUCGGGUAGCCAGGGCGUGGAGGAGGCGCUGAAGAACCGCAACUUCACCGUGGACAAGAUGAGCACCGAGAUCCACGAGAUCAUCCGGGUUCUGCAGCUCACAUCCUGGGAUGAGGACGCCUGGGCCAACAAGAAGGACACGGAAGCCAUGAAGAGAGCGUUGGCCCUCAUCGACUCAAAAUUGGUCCAGGCCAAAAACUGGCUGAGAGACCCGAACGCCCAACCAGGCGAUCCGGGUGAGCAGGCUAUUCGGCAGAUCCUGGACGAGGCUGGCAAAGUGGGUGAGCUGUGUGCCGGCAAGGAGCGCAGGGAGAUCGAGGGCACAGCCAAGGCCCUGGGCCAGAUGACCGAUCAGGUGUCUGAGAUGCGGGCGAGAGGGCAGGGGGCGAGCCCAGUGGCCAUGCAGAAGGCCCAGCAGGUGUCCCAGGGGCUGGACAUGCUCACAGGGAAAGUGGAGAACGCUGCCCGCAAGCUAGAGGCCAUGACCAACUCCAAGCAGGCCAUCGCCAAGAAGAUCGAUGCUGCUCAGAACUGGCUGGCAGACCCCAACGCAGGCCCUGAGGGCGAGGAGCACAUCAGGUCCCUGCUGGCCGAGGCCCGAAAGAUCGCCGACCUCUGCGAGGACCCCAAGGAGCGAGAUGACAUCCUGCGUUCCAUGGGAGAGAUCGCUGCCCUGACCGCAAAGCUGUCAGAGCUCAAGAAACAGGGUAAAGGAGACACCCCAGAAGCCAGGGCUCUGGCCAAGCAGAUCGCCACGGCGCUGCAGAACCUGCAGUCCAAGACCAACAAGGCCGUUGCCAACAGCCGGCCCGCCAAGGCGGCCGUGCACCUGGAAGGGAAGCUCGAGCAGGCCCAGCACUGGAUCGACAACCCCACCCUGGACGACAGCGGCGUGGGUCAAGCUGCCAUCCGCAGCAUGGUCGCCGAGGGCCGUCGCCUGGCCAACGUGUUGCAGGGGCCGCAGCGGCAGGAGCUCCUGGGGAAGUGCGAGCAGGUGGAACAGCUGAUGGCCCAGUUGGCCGACCUGGCCGCCCGGGGCCAGGGUGACUCCCCGCAGGCGCGCGCCAUCGCCCACCAGCUGCAGCAGGCCCUCAAGGAGUUGAAGGGGCAGAUGCAGGAGGCCAUGACUCAGGAGGUGUCGGACAUCUUCAGCGACACCACCACCCCCAUCAAACUCCUGGCUGUGGCCGCCACUGCACCGCCAGACGCUCCAAACAGGGAAGGGGUGUUUGACGAGCGAGCUGCAAACUUCGAGAGCCAUGCCAACCGUCUGGGUGCCACGGCUGAGAAGGCCGCAGCUGUGGGCACUGCCAAUAAGACCACUGUGGAGGGCAUCCAGGCUGCGGUGAAGUCUGCCAGGGACCUGACUCCUCAGGUGGUGUCUGCUGCUCGAAUUCUGCUGAAGAACCCAGGGAACCAGGCAGCAAAUGAGCACUUUGAGACCAUGAAGAACCAGUGGAUCGACAAUGUGGAAAAGAUGACUGGUUUGGUUGAUGAGGCCAUUGACACCAAAUCCCUGCUGGAUGCUUCUGAGGAGGCCAUCAGGAAGGACCUUGAGAAGUGCCAGGUUGCCAUGGCCAAUCACCAGCCUCAGAUGCUCGUCGCCGGAGCGACAAGCAUCGCCAGGCGCGCCAACCGGAUCCUCCUGGUGGCCAAGCGGGAGGUGGAGAACUCUGAGGACCCCAAGUUCCGGGAGACGGUGAAGGCGGCCUCGGAUGAACUCAGCCAGACCAUUUCCCCCAUGGUUAUGAACGCCAAGGCCGUGGCUGCCAACAUCCAGGAUCAAGGCCUACAGAAAGGUUUCCUGGACUCCGGAUACAAGAUUCUGGGUGCCGUGGCCAAGGUGAGGGAGGCCUUCCAGCCACAGGAGCCCGACUUCCCCCCACCUCCCCCCGAUCUAGAUCAGCUCCACAUCAACGACGAGGCUGCCCCUCCCAAGCCCCCACUGCCCGAGGGUGAGGUGCCUCCUCCCAGACCCCCUCCCCCAGAGGAGAAGGAAGAGGAGUUCCCUGAGCAAAAGGCCGGCGAGAUGGUGAGCGAGCCCAUGAUGUUGGCCGCCAGGCAACUCCACGACGAGGCCCGCAAGUGGUCCAGCAAGGGCAACGACAUCAUUGGUGCAGCUAAGCGAAUGGCCUUGCUGAUGGCAGAGAUGUCCCGUCUUGUGCGUGGUGGUAGUGGCAACAAGCGUGCUCUCAUUCAGUGUGCCAAAGACAUCGCCAAGGCCUCAGACGAGGUCACCAGGCUGGCCAAAGAAGUCGCUAAGCAGUGCACAGACAAGCGAAUCAGGACCAACUUACUUCAGGUGUGCGAGCGUAUCCCCACCAUCAGUACUCAGCUGAAGAUCCUCUCCACCGUCAAGGCCACCAUGUUGGGUCGCACUAACAUCAGUGAGGAGGAAUCCGAGCAGGCUACAGAAAUGUUGGUGCACAACGCCCAGAAUCUGAUGCAGUCAGUGAAGGAGACUGUAAGGGAGGCCGAGGCCGCCUCCAUCAAGAUUCGGACAGACGCUGGCUUCACUCUCCACUGGGUCAGGAAGACUCCCUGGUACCAGUAGAAGCCCGGCCAACACCACAUCCUCCUCAGUCCCAAGUCCAGUAUCUCUCAGUGAGAGAGCUGCCCCCAGUUUAACACACAGCUUUGACAGUCCUCAAGUGUGGACAGUUAUAGCAGGGUCAUGACGUUCACUGAAAACAUUGCUUUCACUUUUUUUUGUAUGGGUGUCAUUUGUUAACAAUUGUUCCUUUUUCCCCACUGGUAACUUUUUUCAAGAGCUGUCUUAGUGGAAUGUAAGAUAAGGGACAAUUCAAUGCAACUGGGUAAUUCAUUUUGUAUUAUGUGAAAAUACUAUGUUGUUGAAUUUUGUUGAGAAGAAUCCUGGGUAUAUAUUUUGAGUGGAGGUUUGAUUUUGGUAUUACAUAGAGAUGGUUAUUUUCUGUCUCAGAGGUUAUUUUCAGUGAGGGGUUGAAACUUUAGGAUCUUUUCAAUGUUAAGAAUUUUUUUGGAGACAUUUGUUUUAUAUCUUUAUACUGGUUAUGACAUUUUUUGUGUACUGAAGAAAACCUUUCACCCUUUUGCCUGAACAACCAUUUAAACUCAGAGUGUUUGCGAAACAAUAUAGCCUAUAUAUUUAGUUUGACACAAAAUAUAUUACACCAUGAACUACCACCAUAUACGAAAACAAGCACUGCUCUCACAUUCACAAUACAUUAUGAUGGUACAUAGGGAAUGAUCUCUAACUGUGUGCUCUUGCUGUUCUAUGUAUUUUCUUAGCAGUAGGCCUAUAUGACAUUUUCAGGAAUUACCAAAGAUUUAUUAGUUUUUCUCUUUUUUUUUUUGUGUGUUCAAACUAUUUCUGUUUGUAUUUGAUAAAUGUGCAAAGGGCUAAAUUCUUGAAACUAAUGAAAAUUAAUUGUUAAUACAAUAGGCUAUUAGUAUUACAACCUCAGAAUGUCUCUCAAAAUUCCUGUGAUACUGAAAUGUGCAGUAACAUCAAGGUCAAUUCUUUAAACAGGUGCUUAGUCUUUUUUUUAAGCUGAAACAUAUGUAUUCAUUUGUUUUUCUCAGAACAAGUAGCGACUAAGUGUCUCUUUACAGAGACUUUGCUAGACGAAGUCUACCAUCAUAAAAAGUUGUCAAGAAAAAAUACACUAAGGUUACUUAUAAUGUGCGUGCAUAUUUAUAAGACAGGAUCAGGCAGAUUCCCAUGAGACUGUUUUACGUUAAAGUAGUUUGAAUGUAAAUAUCACAAUCUUUGUAGAAUCCCUCAAAACCAUCUAAUGUGCCUUGGAAUAAAUAUUAAGGACUUUUAUCACCAAA